GUGCAAGAAAACUACGUUAAUGUCUAUCAUCUCCUUCAUAGAUUUGUUAGACCAAAAUCAAACUCUCUCAAUUUUACUCAUUUCUUAGUGCUAAUAAUAUUUGAUAUUUCCACCAAACCAUCUUUCUUCAUACUUUAAAACCUUAAUUUCUUGUUAUUCACAUCUCAACAGCAUACAUUGCGAAUUAAAGAAAAAACCAGAGAGAUGGUGAACCUUGUAGCAGCUCAGAAGCCCUUAUUGCAUGGGCUCAUGAAAAUGGCAGGUGUGAAAUCCCACUUGGUAGAGAUCGAGCCGGGCACGGUCAUGAACUUCUGGGUUCCAGUUGAAACCAUUAAGAAACAGAAACCCAAGAAAGGUGAAAAAACCAACCAAACCGUAACUAAACCAACCAAACCAGUGGUAGUGCUUGUCCAUGGCUUUGCUGCAGAGGGUAUAGUCACCUGGCAAUUCCAAGUUGGUGCCUUAACCAAAAAAUACUCCCUUUACAUCCCGGACCUUCUCUUCUUCGGCGGUUCUAUUACCGAUAAAACCGACAGAUCACCGACGUUUCAGGCAGAAACUUUGGUGAAGGGUCUAAAGCAGCUGGGAGUGGAGAAGUGUGUAGUGGUGGGUUUUAGCUAUGGUGGUAUGGUGGCAUUUAAGAUGGCUGAGUUGUAUCCAGAGUUGGUUGAAGCGAUGGUGGUGUCUGGUUCGAUCUUGGCCAUGACAGACUCGAUCAGCAACUCAACAUUGAGCAGUCUUGGGUUUAAAUCUUCGUCAGAGCUUUUGUUGCCUAGUUCUGUUAAGGGUCUUAAAGCUUUACUCUCUGUUGCUGUCCACAAGAAGCUGUGGUUCCCAAAUCGCCUUCACAAAGACUUCCUUGAGGUAAUGUUCGCCAACAGGAAAGAGAGAGCAGAACUUCUAGAGGGAUUAAUCAUCAGCAACAAAGAUCACACCAUCCCCACAUUUCCUCAGAAGAUACAUCUCCUGUGGGGUGAGAAUGACCAAAUCUUCAAUCUCGAACUCGCACAGAACAUGAAAGAGCAACUAGGUGAAAAUGCAACACUUGAGGGCAUAAAGAAGGCAGGUCACUUGGUUCACUUAGAGCGACCCUGCGUCUACAAUCGUCUUCUCAAACAUUUCCUUGCUUCCCUGCAAGCUGUUCAAGCACACAAGUAAAAGCCUUUCAAUAUACCCUCCUCUUUUAUUCAGCGGCCUGAAACGAUACUGUUAAAUGUAUUUGAAUUCCUCUACUUUUUGUUUUUCCCUUUUGAGCAUAUAAUAACCCAAGAGUUAAAGAAUGGAACAACACAGGAUGUUCGCCAAUUUGCCAAUGUUGCUACACUGCUGGCAAGGCCCUUAAUUGAGUGCUUCAAUAGCAACCUAGCAUAUCAAAAUUUCA